UUUUCUUUGCACACAUACAUUGUUUGAAUCUAGUUGGUCUGUGGACAGAAAUUUUUGUUAUAGUCGUUUGCAAAAGAUCGAAAAUAAAUGUCGUAAUACACUAAUAUAUCGGUAUAUAUUAUUUGAGCUAUAUGCCUCAAAUGCAUUCUCCAUUCAUCAUGAUGUAUUUCUUCUUCAUUGUGAUGUUGUUGACCUUUAAUCGUUCGGAAUGUGAGGCAAUUCUGUUUACAGACACAAUCACCGUGAGUACUCCCUUAACUGACAACAGUUACGGCACUCUUGUUUCAGGUGGAAACAGAUUUGAGCUUGGUUUCUUUACUCCUGAAGGUAGUGAGAAAAGAUAUCUAGGCAUAUGGUAUUAUUACAACAAAUUGAAUAUUCCAAGGACCGUUGUGUGGGUUGCGAAUAGAGACGAGCCGUUGGUCGAUCCGUGUGUUGGAGUGUUUGGUAUUGCAGAUGAUGGGAAUAUCAAGAUCUGGUGUGAUGGCGAUACUGGAGUUGGUGUUCCUGUGUCAACUCUUGACACGUCUAGAAGCUCGAACAGAAGUUUGCAGUUGUUGGAUUCUGGGAACUUGGUACUGGUCGACGGUCAACACGAUAAGAGAUUGUGGCAAAGCUUCGAUUAUCCGACCGAUACGUUUCUCCCAGGUAUGGAAAUGAACGAUCACACGAAAUUGACUUGUUGGAACUCCUCUACUGACCCUGGUGUAGGAUAUUAUACGUUCGGUCGAGAUCAAGGUGUUUACACCAUACUGAAGAGAACAACUGUUCACUGGAAAAGUGGUGAGCCUGGUCCUUUUCCGCUGCUUAAUAAUGAUUUGCCUUCUAUUGUAGCCCAAAUAUUUUUGAAUUCCGACACAGGUUUGAAUCAGCAAAACUCUCAAUCAGUUAGGAAUUUUAUAACUUAUCCUAAUAAUACUAGGCCGCCUUCAUUUUACCACAACUCGAGGAUUUUGAUGAAUUCUUCGGGAGAGAUCCAGUAUUAUAAUGACAGUACGGAUGGAGGUGGAAGGUGGUUAUGGUCAGCACCCCAAACACGGUGCAGUGUGUACGACUCAUGUGGGAAGUUUGGUAUUUGUAAUAACUUGGAAGAUAAGCCAAUGUGUCAAUGCCCGCCUGGAUUCAAGCCUACUUCUUCGGAAGAUUGGAGGAACAGAGAAUACUCAGAAGGUUGUGAAAGGAUGGAGUCGAUAAAAUGUAACCAGAACCAGACGGAUAAGUUUAUGAAUUUAACGUUGGCUAGACCAGGUGGUCAAGUCCUGCCGUUUGAUCGGGCUCAGAAAGGGGCAGACUGCCAAAAGGAAUGUUUAGAUAAUUGCAAAUGUGAGGCGUAUUGGUAUACAGAUCGUAAUAUCACCGACAGAGAUACUGGCAAACCUGCUGCAAAGUGUUGGAUUUGGACUGCUCAACUUGAAAAUCUUCAUGGGGACUACACCGACAACAACAGACUCUACCUUUCGUUGCGUGUAUCUUCUUCGGCUGUAGGUAACUUUACUUUACGUCAUAUUAAUUUCGCAAACCUUCGAAAAACAAAAUAAUCAAGAAGAGAGCUCCUCUCUUUCUU